AUGCGAGGUCGAGAUGAGUCGCCCCGCGCGAGCACGUCAACACCAGAUGGCUCGAUAUUCGUCCGCGUUCCGGCGGCGCAUGCGCGCACUGGGAGCGAUAGAGACGAUCGAGGGUCAGUCUCAAGUCCCGCGGCUCAGACGGCCAAACUACUCGUCGCUGUGCGAACCAGACCGGUGGAGACGGAGGCUGAUAGGUUCGCGAGACGAGAGCACGCCGAGAGAGGCGUAUCAACGCCGAAUGUGCGCGCGCAGAGCUCAUCGAGCGCGCUCGUGGCAUCGAUGCAGGUACUCACGCGAUGCAGUCGGAAAAAGAGUAUUCUACGCGUAAUCAAUCGUGAUACGGUCGUGGUGAUGGAUCCCGAUGAGGAAAAGGCGUACUUGGACCAAGUUCAACGAAGGAGCAAGGCGCGGCGGUACACGUUUGACGUCGCGUUCAACGAGUCGGCGACGAACGCUGAGGUGUACGAGGCCACCGCUCGUAGCUUUAUAUCCAGCGUCGUGAACGGUAUGAACAGCACAGUGUUCGCGUACGGUUCCACUGGCUCGGGAAAGACGCACACGAUGAUUGGAAACUAUGACGAACCGGGCAUGAUGUUUCUCUCACUGGUGGACAUUUUCGACCAAAUCAAGUCAAUGCGAGACAAGUACGAGUUCGAGGUGACGUGCUCAUAUUUGGAGGUUUACAAUGAGCUCAUUUACGACUUAUUGAUCGUCGACAGUCCGCCUCUGGAGUUACGCGAGGAUCCCGAGCGCGGGCCGGUGCCAAUGGGUCUGACGCGUAUUGCCGUCAAAGGUCCAGAUGAUAUCACCAAGCUUUUGCACGAGGGAAACGAGCGCCGCAGCAUCGAUCAUACUGAAGCGAACGCAACGUCGAGUCGCUCACAUGCAGUCUUAGAGAUAACCGUGCGGCGUUGGGCAAAGGUGACCAAGGGAAAAGAGAAGCAUGUUUUAUGCGGCAAGUUGUCGCUGGUAGAUUUGGCUGGGAGUGAACGCGCGUCGGACACGCAGAACUGCGGACAGAAGUUACGAGACGGAGCAAACAUCAAUAAGAGCCUGCUCGCCCUUGCGAACUGCAUCAACGCGUUAGGUCGACACAGCAACUCCAAGGCGAAGGGACGGAUGUACAUUCCAUAUCGCAAUUCCAAGUUGACGAGACUAUUAAAGGAUGGACUCUCGGGAAACUCAAGAACAGCCAUGAUCGCGACAGUGAGCGCGUCGAGUGAGCAGUACAACCACACGAUAAACACUCUGAAGUAUGCGAAUCGAGCGAAGGAGAUUAAGACCAACGUUGCGCAAAAUGUAGUUAUCGCUCGCGAGCGCCACCACAUUGGCAACUAUCAGCACGUGAUCGACGACUUACAAUCAAAAGUGGCGCGGUUGAAGACGCAGCUGGCGAACAAGGAAGCGGUAGCGCGGACGAGUCAAUCGACCAUGGGCGGGGUCGGAUCGUUCUCCGAAACCUGGUUAGAUGCGUUGAGUGAUGACAUCAACGAAAACGUCGACGAGCGAAUCAACAUACAGAAGGCCCUGUUUGAGCUCGAGGAUAUAAACGCGCAGAACGUGUACGAGCGCUCGGCAUUGAGGCGGCGCUUGGCGGAGGUAACGGAAAAGAAUCCGAACGAUCCGGCACGACGCAAAUUACGAGGACGAAUAGACGAUAUCGACGAGACGAUUCGCGCAAACGAAUCACUCGGCGCAAAGUAUCGAAAGGAUAUCGAUGCUAACGAACUUAUUCGAGAAGCUAUUCAAUCCCGCAUCGAUUGUGCGAUAUCGGAGGGGAAGUCUCCUAGUUUUCUACGAAUUCUUUCCCAAUACAGACUUGUCGGGGUUAAGAACAUGGAGUUGCACUUCCAGCUCGCGAUUCGGGAUCAGAUUAUCAGCGAGCAGCGAGAGAUGAUUCGAGGGUUCUGGGAGGUCAUGGCGCACGCCGGGCUCAGUAAAACUCUCGUCCAAGACAUUGCAAAUCGCGAGGGAAUACGCAUAGACGGCGCGCGCGUGCGAGAAGAGCUACCCGGAUCGAACGUUUCAGCGCAAAGCGGUAGCUUGUGGAAUCCUUCGAGACCAUCGGAGGUGUCGCCACGUCCUUCUCGACCGAAAUCUGACGACCGUCCGUUGAGUGUAUCUUCGCCCGCGAGUCCACUGGCGAUGCGACGACGACCGGUCGGCCUCGAACGCAUCACAACGCUCGCCAUGCCACCGCAAACGCCUACAGCGAAGAUGGGGCGAGCUGAGCGCUCGAGACCGCUGAGCGCUCGACCUGUUUCGAGCGGUUCGCUGAGCGCCCGCGAUUAUACACGCACGAGUGCGAGCAAUGGCGAUUUAUACAGUCACAUCAAGCGUCAAACGACAAGUGAAAGUCCUCGACGCACGCCGACCGCCGAGGCGCGCGGCAGCGCCAGGCUCAUUGAAGCCCGCGCAACUAGACAGCGGACUUCGAGCAGGAGUAUUCAUAGUGGCAAGGAUAAAUAA